GAGGAAUAGCUAUACAGUGCAUCCAGAUGUACUCUUUACUGUUUAUUCCCCUUUUUUUCUCUAGAACACCACCCCACCGAAGACACUGCGAGAUCCGAAAACUCAACUCUUCAAUAAUACUACAUGAUAGAUAUGGGACUGUUAACUGACCCUGGCGUAGAAAGAAGUCGUUUGCCAGCGUUGCUGGAAAAGUAUCACCGUCCUCUAUGUGUUAUGCUGUAUGUCUUAGGGAUUGGCUGGUUUUUAGCUCUUGCUCACAAUUCCCUCAAUCAUGGCACUUAUUUUUCUGAGAAUGCACUGUUACCAGGUCUGGUGCAAGGAGACUUUGAGGGAGACUCCCAAGUAUUGCAAUAUUUAGAGAGUCUCAAGUUGGAAGCUGAAAAACACACGACAGGAAUGCCAUAUGCUUGGCUUGUUGGCCAAUUCACACAACUGGGAUUGGACACUUUCACACACAACUUUACAUUGAACUACCCAUUAGGUGGAGGAAAGGUUUUUAAAGGGAAGAAUGUUUAUGGCAUUUUGCGUGCCCCUCGUGGAAGUAGUACUGAAGCUGUUGUUGUGUCAGCACCCUACAGGCCACCUUCUUCCUUGCUCCAGGGAACAGCUCCUUCAAUUGCUCUUAUGCUGGCCAUGGCCCAUUUUUUCUCAGAACAAGUGUACUGGGCAAAAGAUUUGAUCUUUCUAGUUACGGAACAUGAGCAUCUAGGAGCUCAGGCCUGGCUUCAAGCAUACCACCGCACUGAAAGUGGCGCUGGUAUUUUGGAUUAUGGCGAUCUUGAUGGACGAGCUGGUGCAAUACAAGCAGCUAUAAAUCUGGAAAUAUAUGGGUCCCAGGUUAGCCAUAUAGAUGUAAAAGUUGAAGGCCUAAAUGGACAAUUACCAAACCUUGACCUUGUCAACCUUAUUCAUCGGCUGUGCCAGAGAGAGACAGUUCUUCACACUUUCAAAAACAGGGUUGAUCAUCCUCAGCCUGAGACAUUUAAUGGAUGGUACCACCAGUUUAAAACUCUUUCUGCAAUGAUCAUGUCUCAGGCCUCUGGAGUUCCUACUGGCAAUCAUGGCUUGUUUCACAGGUAUGGAAUCGCUGCAGUUACGCUAGAAGGUCCAGUUGGUCAGGUGAGAGGGAGAAGGAUGGUCUCUCUUCAGCAACUUGGACGGGUUUUGGAAGGAGUUUGUCGUUCUCUAAAUAACCUUUUGGAACGUUUCCACCAGUCUUUCUUUUUCUAUUUGUUACCCUCUACAAAUAGAUAUAUUUCAAUAGGAGUUUACAUGCCACCCUUUGCUAUGAUUGCUGGUGGAGUUCUCGUUAAAGCUUUAGCCUUGUGGUAUUCUACCAGUUGUGCUGCAGAAGAUCAAGCACAAAAUGAAAAAUCUAAGAAGAUUGACUAUGGCCUUCUUGGAUGUUUACCAUUGGUAGUAACAGUUCAUGUAUUAAGUGUUAUUUUGGGCUGUGCUCCCAGCUUCAUGUCCCAUCUUGGCCUGCAUAUUGCAUUACAACCAGAAGACAGCAUCUUUUUAGGAAGUGGUGCUUUCUGCAUUUCUCUCCUUGCAUUUCCUUAUUACCUGGGGAGACGGAUGGGUUUGACCAACCAGAGCUGGGAAAUUGUGAAGAUCUUUGCCCUGCUUGAACUAGGUGUAAUACUCUUUGCCAGUGCUGUGUACAAUUUUUCACUAGCACUGAUCAUUACCAUAGCCUUCACUCCUGUUGCUCUUCUCAGCUCACCUUCUCCGACAUGGAAAAAACGGCUAGCUAAGGCAUUACUUUUGAUCUUAAUCCAUCCGAUGGUCAUGCUCUUUCUGUCUGUAGCAGCGGACUCAUACUCCAACUACAGUGAUAUCCCAGUGCACAAGUUCCUCUGGAAAUCUUACAUAGCCACCAAACGUGCCCUUAUGUAUAGUAUUGUUGAUGGCAUGAUAUAUUCUAAUUGGGUAUUCCAUGUAGCAACACACUGUCUUCUGCCAGUAUGGUUACUAUUUUGGCAAAUAGUUCUCUACCCUCUUCACUGAGCUUUAGUUUAGCUUAGACUUUCUAGUUGUGAUUUUUUAUUUUAGUUGUAGUUUCACAUACUUUUAGGGCUUUAAUUGUAUACACUGAUUACCCAGUAAUUUGCAAAAUAUGAUUUUCACAAUGUCAUGUAGAUUAGUUACUUUAUUAGGUAGAUUAACAGUAUUUCUUUAAUUUUCUCGUAUGUACAAGUUUUUACAUAUUUUCAUGGAAAUACUAGUUAAUAUACAAGUUUGAGUCACAAUUUUUAUAUUAAGUAGUUAGUUGGCUAGUGUUCAUACCAGUCACAUUUUAUCAACAAAGUAUU